CUCUAGGCCACCUCCACUAUAUAUAAAGACCUUCCUGAUCGUCCAUAUUUCAUAGACUCCAUUUAUAUAUAUAUCCUCUCUCUCUCUCUCUCUCUCUCCUUGUGUUUGUUUUUGUGAGAAAAUGGCGCCUCUGAAGCUUCAUGGACUUCCAAUGUCCACAUGCACCACUCGGGCGUUGGUGUGCCUCCACGAGAAAGGUGUAGAUUUUGAGCUUGUUCCGGUGGACCUCUUCGGCGGUGAAAACAAGCAGCCUUCUUUUGUCGCUAAGAAUCCCUUUGGUCAGAUUCCAGUGCUAGAGGAUGGUGAUCUCACUCUUUUCGAAUCCAGGGCAAUUACAUCAUAUGUAGCAGAGAAAUUCAAGGAAAAGGGCACUGAUCUGAUAAGGCACCAAAACCUGAAAGAAGCUGCAUUAGUGAAGGUGUGGAUAGAGGUAGAAUCCCAGAAUUUCCAACCUGCAAUCUCUCCGAUCGUCUACGAAUUUUUCGUAUCUCCUCUUAUGGGGAAGACGCCGGAGCAGGCGGUCGUCGACGCCAACUUGGAAAAGCUCGGAAAAGUGCUUGAUGUUUAUGAGUCUAAGCUCAGCAGCAGCAAGUAUUUGGCUGGUGAUUUUUUCAGCCUGGCUGAUCUCCACAACUUUCCUUACACUUAUUAUUUCAUGAAGUCUCCAUGGGCUUCUUUGGUCAAUGACCGUCCCCAUGUUAAGGCAUGGUGGGAGGACAUUUCUUCUAGGCCUGCUUUCAAGAAAGUGGCUGAGGGUAUGACUUUUUGUGAGAAGAAAUGAUCAUGUUUAUUAGGGCUCUAAUAAUUUCCAACAUGUACGUUGGAAGAAUUUUUUUUUUUUCAAUCAUUCUCGAUCGCAUUCGCAUAUAUAAUUAUCCCACUUAAUUAUAUAAUAAUAAACUAACAAAAUUCUCUUUUAUUUGGGAUGAAUCCUAUAUUAA